AUGGCGGAUCCAGUCAAGAUGGCCGUCGCAGGGCCCGACGAUCGCGAAAAACAGAAGAAGCUGGCCGAGGCCCAGAAAAAAUAUGGACGAGGGAAAGCGAUUUCAACAAAGAGUGUGCGCGACAAGAAGUUGCGCAGCAACCUCAAAGCCCAAGAGUCGAAACACAAGCAAGCUGUUCUCCAAGCCAAGGAUGCAGAGAUCCUUAACGAGCACGAAGCCGGGUUUCUUGAGCCCGAAGGCGAGCUGGAGCGGACAUACAAGGUUCGACAGGAUGAGAUCCAAGAAAACGUGGGCAUCGAGACCGCCAAGAAGGGCUUUGAGUUGAGACUCCCCGAUACGGGACCCUACCGUGUUGACUACACUCGGAAUGGGCGCAAUUUGCUGCUCGCGGGUCGGAAGGGACAUGUUGCGACGAUGGACUGGCGGGACGGCAAGUUGGGUUGCGAACUCCAAUUGAAUGAGACGGUGCGCGAUGCGCGCUGGCUGCAUAACGACCAGUACUUUGCGGUUGCCCAAAAGAAAUACGUCUAUAUCUACGACCACAACGGAGUCGAACUGCACUGUCUCAGCAAGCAUGUGGAGCCGCUCUUCCUGGAGUUUUUGCCCUACCAUUUCCUUCUUGCCAGCGCUCAAAUGAGCGGAUACCUUAAAUAUACCGAUACCUCGACCGGCCAAACCGUAGCGGAACUGCCGACUCGGCUAGGCCGCCCGACUUCCCUCUGCCAGAACCCGUGGAACGCCAUUCUUCACGUCGGACACCAGAACGGAAAUGUGACAUUAUGGUCACCCAACUCCCAGACCGCGCUCGUGAAGGCACAGGUACAUCGCGGGCCCGUCCGGUCUUUGGCAAUCGACCGCCAAGGCCGGUAUAUGGUGUCGACGGGACAAGACCAAAAAAUGAAUGUGUGGGAUAUCCGGAUGUUCCGAGAAGUGCAUUCAUACUCGUGCUACCAGCCCGGUGCCUCGGUGGCAAUCAGUGACCGCGGCCUCACGGCCGUCGGCUGGGGCACGCAGGUGAGCGUCUGGCGGGGCUUGUUCGAUGCUGCGCUCGCCGAUCAAGGCAAGGUGCAAAGCCCGUACAUGGCGUGGGGCGGCGAUGGACAGCGUAUCGAGAACCUGCGCUGGUGCCCAUUCGAAGAUGUGCUGGGCGUCACCCACGACCAAGGGUUUGCCAGCAUGCUCGUCCCCGGCGCUGGCGAGCCCAACUUCGAUUCGAUGGAAGCCAACCCGUACGAAAACACGCGCCAGCGCCAGGAGGCCGAGGUGCACUCGCUGCUCAACAAGCUGCAGCCCGACAUGAUUGCGCUCGACCCCAACAUCAUUGGCCGGCUCGACACCAUCAAUAACGAGAAGGUCCAGCAGCGCCGCAACCUGGAUUACAAGCCCGAAGACCCCAUGGAGAAACUCAAGAAUCGGGGUCGGGGCCGCAACAGCGCACUGCGCAAAUACAUGCGCAAGAAGGGCCGGCGCAAUGUCAUCGACGAGAAGCGGCUCAAGGCCGAGGCUCUGCGCAAGGAACAUGCCUCGCGCUCCAAGGACAAGCUCGAGCAAGAGCGCCAGGAUCUGGGUCCGGCUCUGGCUCGCUUUGCCAAGAAGGAUUCUUGA